AUGAAUAAUAUCAAGGUUGAAAUAAGUGGGGAAAAAGAAAGACUACCGAAAUUGAUAAUGCCAGUUGACGAAAAUCUGGAAAAGCCAACAGUGCCAGGGUACCAGGGAGUGUCGGGAACUAAUCCAACAAUUGGUCAACCAGGCCCAGCCGGUUAUGGUCAUGUGGUUGAUCCGAACGUGCCCUACUACUACGGGAAUAUGGACCCGAACGUACAGGUGCGGCCGCCACCGGGUCCAGUGGGUUGGCCAGCACCGCAAGGUUACCCGGCACCAGUUGCUAGCCCUCAGACGGUCUAUCAUCCCGGAAUGCGACCAGGAACUCCGAUGCGACCGCCAAUGCCACCGCAGAUGAUGCAGGUUGGUGCGCCCAUAUUCACAUAA